AUGGGUGUUCUUAACCAAACAAGUGUGACCGAAUUUGUCUUCUUGGGACUCACUAAUAACUGGGUGCUGGAGAUACUGUUUUUCAUGGCAUUCUCAGUCAUUUAUGUGCUAACCAUUUUGGGGAACAAUCUCAUCAUCAUUGCCAUAACCUUUACUCCACGUCUCCAUACCCCCAUGUAUUUCUUCCUGAGCAACCUGUCCUUUAUUGACAUCUGCCACUCAUCUGUCACGGUGCCAAAGAUGCUAAAGGAUUUGCUUUUAGAGAGAAAGACCAUUUCCUUUGACAAUUGCAUCGCACAGCUCUUCUUCCUGCAUCUUUUUGCCUGUGCUGAGAUCUUUCUGUUGACUAUUAUGGCGUAUGAUCGAUACGUAGCUAUCUGCACUCCGUUACACUAUCCCAAUGUGAUGAAUAUGAGAGUCUGCGUACAGCUUGUCUUUGCUCUUUGGUUUGGGGCUACCAUUCACUCACUGGUGCAGACCUUCUUGACCAUUCGUCUACCUUACUGUGGCCCCAACAUUAUUAAUAGCUACUUUUGUGAUGUGCCUCCUGUCAUCAAGCUGGCCUGCGCGGAUACAUACCUCACGGGAAUGCUGAUUGUGUCCAAUAGUGGAACCAUCUCCCUCACUUGUUUCCUGGCCUUGGUCACCUCCUAUGUGGUUAUCCUGGUUUCUCUUCGAAAACAGUCAGAUGAAGGGCGCCGGAAAGCCCUGUCUACCUGCUCAGCCCACUUGAUGGUGGUUGCCCUCUUCUUUGGGCCGUGCAUCUUCAUCUACACUCGGCCAGACACCAGCUUCUCCUUUGACAAGGUGGUGUCUGUCUUCUACACAGUGGUCACCCCUUUGCUGAAUCCCCUCAUUUACACCUUGAGGAAUGAGGAGGUAAAAAGUGCCAUGAAACAGCUCAGACAGAGACAAGUGUUUUUCAUGAAAUCCUACACAUGA